AUGGCUGACACCAAUCCUCCUCCUCUUAGUGACUUACAGCAAAAAGCACCACCUGAAGGUCCAUCGAGGAACGAAUUAAAGAAACGCACAAAAGCGGUGGAAAAGGAGAAUAAAGCUGCAGAGAGGGCAAGACAAGCGGAGCUAGCUGUGAAACAGGCAAAAAACGAAGUGAUUUUGCAAAAGCAUUCCACGGCCCUCUACCUCUCCAUCAGUCCCAAUCGCGUCCUCGCAAGCCUCGAGUUCAAAUUGCCUCAUGAUCAUCUCGAGAUGGAGAGACUGUUUUAUUCCGGGCUCGUGUUCAUACAAUCCGUGUGCGCAACAAGAUGUCCUUGGAGCUCCGGCAGAGAACAGAAUCGAUGCAGGCUUUGGUGA